GUGGGAUGUACGUGUCUACUACUAGCGUUCUCUACACAUCUUCCACACUUCAUUAUGAGGCGUCUCUCAGGUGACUAGCCAACGCCCAGUUAUACAACACACAAUGCUUGCCUUUUUUCUUAGUGUUUCUUUCCUUGCUCUAACUCUCUUCGGCCUUAGUCAAGCACUAGUGGACUUUAGUGUGUGCACGUUUGAGAGCAAUGCGUGUGGCUGGAGAGCAAUGAACAACACGACUUCUCACUGGAGACGUACUAGUGGCUCGAUGAUUGAUCACACAUUCUGCUCAAUCUCAGCACAAAGCUUGUUUGUCAAGCCGAUUAGCACAAUGUCAAGUGUGCUGCGGAGUGUUCAAGUGACAGAAUCUGACAAUGUCUGUGCUUUACGGUUUGCGUAUCAUCAUCAUCCAUCAAAUGAGGGACAAUUGAUUGUGAAGAUAGACAAUGGACUUUUGAGACGGUUGGUAUCGUCAACGGCGAGUUGGGAGGUCGUUGUGGUGCCUCUCCGUGUUGUCAGUUCCUCGUUCGUUUAUUUUGUGAUGAGAAAUGGAAAUUCUAGUUUGAACUCUUCAGCUGCAUUAGAUGAUCUUCAGUUCUUGCCUUGCACGUGGUGUACAUUUGAAUUUGGUAUGUGCUUUUGGACGUCAUUAGAGUCUAGCAGCAACCACACCAAAUGGAAACGUCACUUUGGUUCAACUCCCACUCCUGACACCGGACCAGACAAGGACAACACACUGGGAAACAGUAAAGGCCAUUACAUUUAUGUCGAAGGAAAAGGACAACCAAACGAAACUGCUGUGUUAAGAGGCCAGACGUUUUCAUACGAUAACAAUAUUUGUUCAUUGGCGUUCUGUUAUCACAUGUAUGGAUCAGAUGUUGGGACAUUGGAGGUGAAUGUGGUCUCAUCUGAUGGAAACGUGACUACGAAGUGGACAAAGUCGGGAAAUCUAAGCAACCAAUGGAACUGUGUAGAAAUACGUGUGUUUGAGUGGUCGAGGGGUAAGAGAUGGAGGAAUGUUGUGAUGCAUGUGGAGUUCAGAGCUGACGUGGUAGAUGGGGAUAUUGCAUUGGAUGAUAUUCGGUAUCAACGAUGUGCAGAUUACGACCUCUGCACAUUCACUAAAGACACAUGCUUUUGGCACAACGCUUGGGACAACAAACUACAAUGGCAGCUGGAGAGUUUAUCUAACACAAUUUUAGGCGACUCACUUGUGGCAAACGUUUCCUAUUCUAACAAUACUCACAUACACAUGAACAGCACAGGCCUUGAAGGGCCUAUUGUGCAUGCCUCUGACCAUAUUUGCUCACUUCGCGUGUGUUACUCGUGUGACUCACUGGUGGCAUCCAAUCUGUCGUUGCUACAAAAUCAACUUGACCUCGGAGGGAAUGUAAGUCUUCUUCGUGUUGCUCAUCUACCGCAUCGCACACAACACACUGUUGAGAUAUCUCAGCAAUGCAAUCGUUCGAGCUACGUCAAUGUUCAAGCUGAUUGGGGUGCAGAGACUGGCACGUUUCGUAUCCACAGUUUGCAGUAUCUUCGAUGUCACUAUACGUCAUUUGAGACAAGUUCACGCUGGCGCGAUCAGUCGGCAUCACCAAACGUCACUUGCUCGCUUGUCAAUACGUCUCACACUGACACACAGCACAUGCCGGCAGAUGAUCACACAUACGGUUCCAAGCAAAAUGGAAGCUAUAUGUUGUUGGGGAGUGAGACUGGCGAUCACGUUGUUGUGACGACAAGAGAUAAUGUGUUGUGGGAGAACGUUUGUGGACUUCGUUUGUGGUACUAUGUGUUGUCAGGCAGACCUCAAUUGAGUUUUACUGUUCAUAAAGAUUCUAAUAAACAAGUGGUGUUGGAACAUGCUUGUAAUGGUUUUAGUAAGUGGCAUUUGGCAGAGAUGGCGGUGGGAUAUCAGCUGGUUGGAUCAAAAGUGAUGUUGGAUGUGUCAUCUGCUGAUGCAUCACGAUUCAAAGUUGCGAUUGACGACGUGGAGUUUACUGAGUGUGCAGAUUUUCUUUUCUGCUCAUUUGAGAGAGACCUCUGUUUGUGGCGUAUCGCUGACGAUCUCUCUACUGCUGCAACUUGGAUUCGCUGGUCUGGGCCAUACCCAACUCUCAAGUCAACACUGAAGUCAGACCACACGUUUGGAACACCACUUGGACGUUACCUAUUACUGCUUCCUGAUCAACAAACUUCUUUAUCUUCUUCCAAUAGCACUGCAGUUCUGCAAGGUUUGCCUCUCAGCAAGGAAUCAGUUGUCUGUGGCAUCGAGUUUUGGUAUCACGUGACCGCAGCUGCAUUGGUUGUAUUAACAGUUCAUUUAGAGAGUGAAUCAGACAAGCAGAUCAUUUGGGAAUACAAGAGAUGUGAUGAUGGGAAGGUGAUGUGGAGAAAGGCGUGGGUAACGUUUAGUGUCAGUAGUGCAAGUCAUGUGGAGUUUACAGCGAGUAGCAGUGAAUACAAAAGAGCAACUGUUGCCCUUGAUGAUAUCAGAUAUUUGGAAUGUGAAGAGUCUUCCUCCUCACCAGCAUCAGCACAAGAACUGAGCUGCCCCCAUUUCUUGCCUUUCACUACAACCAGUAAUUACAGCAAGAUCUCAAAGCUUACAAUUAUCUUUUUCGGCAUUACUGGCGUCAUCACUAUUUUCAUAAUUAUCGUCAUUACUAUCAUCAUCAUCUUGAUAUUACAGUAUUACAGAAGAGUAAGAGGAGCAGAUACAAGAGAUGCUGCCAACAGCCCAUCAGACACUUCUGUUGGACAGACUAGAUCUGAAAUUCCUGGGCAAACAUAUGCACAAGUGGAAACAGCUGGUGGUGUGACAAGCAGCAGAUCACAUAAUCCUUUUUAUGGAGAGUUCAGGUUUGAUGCAGAGGGAUACUUGACUAUCAGGAGAAAUGAAAGAAGCAGAAAUCCGCAGGAGGCACAAAGCAGGCCAUUCACAAGUCGCAGAGAAACCAAAAGAGAAAUUGAAACGAACGAGAGCGACUACGGCCUCAUUUGGGAACAUCGUCGCGUACCCAGCAAGUCAGCAGAGAAUGUUCUCUACGAGUCUGCAUCUCGUGACACUAAAUUUUGAGACGACUGCUAAUGAGCUGUGCAGGAAGGGAGACAAUCAUAGAUGCGAUGUGUGCCUCGCAGUGAGGCCGAUCAACCGACAGACAGUGUAAUGCUUCACUGACAAACGCAUGGACACGAACGCUAAGAAUAUGGUAGGAUGUAAAUCGGUGUACUGAAUUUAUUUCAUUGUCAGACACAUAAAGAAAGAUGUGGAUAUUUCCAUGGUGGUCAGUGACGGUCACGCCCCUUUAACUUCCGGUUAAGCCGGAAGUGAAGGGUAGCUACAGUGUCCGACCAGCACGUAGCCAGUGAUUUUGUAAGAAUUAAAUUAAAAUC